AUGUCCACCUCCAACUACACCCACACCCCCGUAUCGCACACCCUUACACGAUCGAGCAUCCAGUCCUGGAAAGACAGCAUCAAGCAAGCACGCCAAAACUGCGCGUUUUUAGAGAAAUGGCCGUGCAUGUACUGCCAGGGCGACAUCGAUCUAAAUAGUUUGCGCGAUCACACGCAGUUUCGGUGCCGGAAUACCAAGUGUGUUGGUGUAGGGAAGUUACAGGUGACGUGUUUUUGGGAUAUCAGGGGGUCAUAA